GGAGCGGGACCAGGAGGGAGCGGCCGCCCCGCUCGCCGUCAGCAGGCGCAGCCGAGGGGCCGGGCCGCGGGCGUGAGGCGGCCCUGCCAGGCCUGCCCGCCGCCGGGCCAGCCUCAGGCGAGCAGCCUCUGGCGGCGAGCGGGGCUGGGCGACGGGGCUCUGCCGGCCGGGCCAUGCCGUGUCGGGUGCCGCGCCUCUGCCUCCUCCGUCUCUUCCUCCUCCUGGGCUUGCUGCGGGCCUCGGGCGCAGAAUCUUCUUCCCAUUUACUGGCACCGAAGGAUGUGAUGAUUUAUUCCUAUAACUUUCAUAGUGUGCUGAGGUGGUCUCCUGUUAAAGUGGAUAGAGGGUUGGUGUUAUAUACAGUCAAUUUUAAAACGGGGGCCUUUAACCACUGGGAUGAGAUGAACUGCACCCGUAUCGCCCAGACUGAAUGCAGUUUGCCCUGGUCACUUAAAGAGCGGCGCUGGACUGUUGUUUUGCGCGUGAGGGCUGAGCUAGGGCAUGUGACUUCUGACUGGGUGGAAACAGAUCCAUUUGUGGCAGAGAGAAACACUACUAUAGGGCCCCCUAAAGUGAACAGCGUGAUUGUAAGCUCUGACUCGCUUCUCAUUAGUGUCACAUCCCCUUUUGGAUCUGAAGCAGGUGACUUUCUUCAGUAUCAUGUGUCCUACUGGGAGAACACAAGUACUACUAAAAAAGAGACAAAGACAAGCAGUACACUAUUCAAAAUCAGAAAUCUAAAGGAGUUAACACUUUAUUGUUUUAGAAUCCAAGUAGAAUUGAUUACAUAUUCGGAUUUCCAGUUGCUUGGGCUGCAAAGUGUCCCAGAGUGUCACAGGACUACAAUGAGUGAGGCAACCAGAGCUGGGUAUAGUAUACUAGUACUUCUGUUGGUGUUGCUUUUUGUAAGUCUGGUGGCAGUUGGUUUGCUUCUUCUGUGGAAACACCACAAAAAAAUUAAAUAUUGUUCUCAGCCACCUCUAGAAAUCCCAUCACACUUUGAAGAGUAUUUGAAGGACCCUAGCAUGCCUGUUUUAGAGGGGUUGGACAAUUAUGCUGAGGAUGAUCUCCACGAUUCCUUAUCUGUUGUAUCUUGUGGAGAAGGAAGCCAAACCUGUGGCAGCAGUUUGGAUGGUCGAGCUCAUCAUUCACAAAGUGUCUGCAGUGGCAGUGAAGUCACCUAAGCGGCACCCUCGUGAGAGUGCUGUACCACACCUUUGCAGAAGCUCCUGCCUGUGAGCGAUGCCGUGUGGCUGCUGGCAGGACAGAUGACGAGCUCUGGACAAAAUACGGCCACUGACAAAUCCUGAGUGAGAUGCUGCUUCCUGAGACUAGCGCGGAGCCUUUGUUUAAAUGGCUUUUGCAGAGCUACAACAGCAGCUGUGUUCUGCCAAACGGACUUCAAAGGUGGAGCACGAAAGGGAAAUGAACACUAAAUUGCCUGCAAACAGACAGUUUUAAAACUGUUAUAUUGACAUCAUCAUAUUUCCCAGCUCAAACUGAAAUAAAGCUUUGAGAAGUAAUGGCACUUUAUGGUAGGAUAUAGAACAACCUAAAAUUUUUCAGUGAUGAAUAAUUGCACCGUGAAUUACUUUUAUAAUGGCUUUUGUUUUGUUGCCAUAUUUGUGCAGUCUGUUAGCACUCAACGUAUAUUAUAUCCACCCUAGUAUGCUUUUCUGAAUCAUUUUAAGUACAUGCAGUUUUCUGUGGCAGCUUCUUCCCUCCAGAUAAAAUUUCUUUAGGCUGUCAUUUUUAUAGUACUUCCCUCAACAUGAACCUGUGCAAAGAACUGCUCCAAGAAGGACUUCCUAACAUCUGCCUCCUAACACAUUCAUGAGAAGCAUUAAUCUUCUGCUCCUGCAGUGAGACAGUCACUCUCCACAGCAAAACAAACUUUUAAGAUAACUUUGCUCAGAAUUUAUAUAACAUGUAUCAAUAAUUAUCAGACACUAAAAUCACUUGUUGACUAUCAGAUUAUCCUGCAAAUGGAAGUUGACUGAGGGUUCUGGUUGCAGAAGCAGAAGUUGUUAACCCUCACAUCACAAGCCUGUGGGGUCUAGAAGGUGUCUAAUAAAGCACAAAUUAACCACUUCUGUA